UCUCUUCCCCUAUAAUAUACAAUAUAUCAGAGAAAUCAAUCAUCGAUUGCGUUAGAUACUUUCUACAAAAUUAAUUUACAUGUUUUAUGUAUCUGUUUACAGUUAUUUACUGUGAUUACACGGCAACUGGGAGAUCACUGCAAUUUUUAGAGGAAUACAUAACUAAAGAAGUACUGCCAUGUCUCGGAGAUACUCGUGCAUCGACGUCAAUUUGCAGCUUGCAGUCGUCACUCUUCAGGCACGAGGCCAGAGACAUCAUUCGACAUGCAGUCGGGGCCGGAGAGCAGGAUGCUGUUCUCUUUACAGGUCAUGGUACCGACGACGUUCUGCGGACUCUUCUUCGCCAUCUUGACCUCCCCCGGAGGCCGACCGUUGUCUUUGUUGGUCCAUUCGAGCAUCGCACCAAUUUGCGACCCUGGUGCGAACUCGGUACCAAGGUGGUGAGAAUUGCUGAAACCAAAGAGGGAUUUCUUGACUUGAAUGACCUAGAGCGUAAACUUGUUGAGGAAAAAACGUCAGAACGUAUGAUGGUUGGCUGCUUUAAUGCGGCUAGUUGUAUUACUGGCGUACUUGCCGAUGACGUUGCAACCACUCUCUUGUUGCAUCAGUACGGUGCAUUAAGUGUGUGGGACUAUACAUCAGCCGCUCCUUACGUUCACAUGGACAUGAAUCCGCACUUACCAGGCGUGGGCGAAACUGCUGUGUACAAAGACGCGAUAAUAUUUAGCGGACAUAAAUUUGUGGGUGGCGCGCAAUCACCCGGUGUCCUUGUAGUCAAGAGGUCGUUGUUGAAAAAUGAUAUUGCCAUUGAAGAUAUGCGCGACUCCCACAGAUAUCUCAAAGAUCCGGAACUCCGUGAUGAAAGUGGUACCGCGGGAAUUGUCGGCUCUAUUCGCUGUGGGCUCGCGAUGCAAUUGAAAGAAAAUGUUACCACACAAGCUAUUAUUUCACGACAGGAUAAAAUUUGCAAACAAGUAUUGGCUCACGUGAGAACAAUACCCGAGCUCAUAUUACUCGGUAGCAAUUCCCAAAACAUAAAAAGACUACCAGUAUUUUCAUUCAUGGUCAGACACCCACGAGGAACCUUUUUGCAUCAUAAUUUUGUCUGUGCGAUUCUCAACGACGUUUUUGGUAUACAAGCCCGAAGCGGAUGCGCUUGCGCCGGUCGAUACGCUCACGAUCUCAUGGGGAUUGGCAUUGACCUUGCCAAAAAAUACAAUUCAAUACUAACCGACAAGAGUUCGAAUCCCGAGUCUAAUGCCGAAGUUCUGCGGCCUGGAUUCGCCCGUCUGUCCUUGCCCUACUUUACAACAGAGGCCGAGCUGGCGUUCGUAUUAGAGGCCUUGAAAAUGGUCGCUACCGAGGGCUGGAAACUCCUCCCGCAGUACGUGUUAAACCCGGACACCGGUGAGUGGCGUCACCACACAAACAGCGUCUUCAAAGAGCGCAAGUGGUUAGGAUCAAUUCGGUACACCGACGGAAAAAUGAUCGCCUCUGAAAGGAGAGUAUCAGGCGCAGGAGGUGUAUUCCCUCAGAGUUACGCGGACUGUCUUCAAACCGCGCGAAACAUUUUCAAUCGAUCGAGAAAAAUGGCACAACGCUUCCCGCUCCAGAUGGACUCUAACGUGACCUUCACAGCAAUUGGCGAGUCUCUGCGCUGGUUUAUUCUUCCCAGCGAAGCUCAGGAUCUUCUGCUAGGAAACUCUCAAAAUGUAAAGCAAGACCUGCCCUUUGAUCCGGCUGUAAGAAAGCACCGACGUGAUUUCACUUUAGGAAUAAAUAAUUCAGGAAUUCGGAGACUUAACAGCGACAUACCUAGAACAGCGAACCCUCCCUUGGCAAUUGCAUCUCCCAGACACAACAGCUUGCCAGCAUUAUCAUCAGAUCCUCAUGCUCCACCAUUAAAGCGCUCUGGUGAUAGCUUCGACUCAACAACCAGUGAAGAAAAACCAACUCUAGCUAUCUGUCACAAUAAUUCUUCUUCUUCUUCUUCUUCUUCUUCUUCUUCUUCUUCUUCUUCUAUUUCUUCUUUGUCGUCUAUUCACUCACACCCUGGGCAGAAAUCAUCCACGGACUCUCCGUCGCCGACGAUAAAAUUUGCAGUGGGCGAAGCUGUCACCUCCUCGAUGAUUAUUGCGACAACGCCGGCUGGUGCGCGGCUGAUGGCUGGCGAACACAGUAUGCCGCAGUAUGUAAAUGGAAGUAACACCAAUAUUAGUCACCGGGGAAACAGAACAAGGUGCAAUUCUUUGGGCAGCAGUGGAAAAACCAUGCCGGUUCCUAUUCCUCUGAGUCCACAAACUCUGGCGAGUCUGGGAGUCGCUUCUACUGGUGGUAAUUUACCGAGGAAUCAUCGGUACUGCAGCUGCAGUAGCAGUAGGAUUGAUUUGUCCAGUUCGCUGGAGCUUGAUGGAGGGAUUGGUAACAGUCCGACUAGGUCUCCGGGGUCCUCGGCGACUUCUUCUCCAACUUCUUCCUCUUCGCCGUCGCCGCAUCCCUACACUCAGGCGUUUAAUUCUCAUCAACUGUCUCAUCAGCAUGCGCAUCAUCCAGUUGUGGAAACUCAUAAAUUGGGAAGGUGCUCGCCGAUUAUUAGCAGCUUUAGUCAAAGCUCUGAGGAUGACUUGAGGGCCUACUUGAAGGAAGUUACUAAGGAACUCGCGACUGAGAUUAAGUCAGAGAUUAGGGAGGUUAUUUCUAAGGUUGAUGAUGUUCUCUCGGAUAAUGGGACGCCGCAACAUCAUAAUCAAAGGGCUGUGAUGGCUAGUGAGAGACAGUAUCAGAAGGAUGAUUCUUGCUCCGCGAGGGAAGUUGCUGAGUAUUUGAUGGAGUUUUCUAAAGGGAUGGCGAGCGAAGUUAAAUCUGAAAUUAGGUGUAUGGUGAACCAAGUAGACGGUCUAGGAAGAUUUUCUCCCGACUUGCACUCAACAGCAUCAACGGGCUCUCCAGGCUACGGCACCCCUGAAAGAAGACUCCCCUCGUCACCUUUAGCGGGGCUGAAACUCGCCAAGACUUCAAAGCUAUCAGACUUACAGCAGUCGCAGCAAGAAAGCAAGAUGUCCAGCGAGUGUUCAUCAGACGAGACUGUGAUAUACGUGGUGGGUCCUCGAGUAGCUCCAACAAACCAAACAAACAGCUCCACGAUAUCACCAUCAAAUCGCGAGCGUUCAAAAACCUCUGACGAAGAAGACGAGGAAGAAGUACAAGUUAACAAAAAGCUAACCAAAAAUGUCAUUAAAAAAAUAACUGGUAUUAGUACAAAAACCCUGCCGGAAAUUUAUUCAGCAGUAAACUCAGUGAGCUCCCAAGACAGCGGCAUAAAUUUGUCGUUCAAUGACAACGACGUAAGAUCUACCGAGCUCGGUAGAAGCUCUAGCAGCAACAGCAGCGGCAGCAGUAGUACCGACUCUUGUGGUAUUAUCAGCAGCAGUAACACUACCAGCAAAAAACCUAAAAGCACUCCCAUAAAAGGACCAAGACGUUCUAAAAAUCUUGAAAAAAGUAAAGAUACCCGAAAGCUUCCUGAUGAUUUGUCAGAAGAUGAAUUUAGUCUUCCAAUUCCUGACAAAAUUCUGACCUCAGAUGACGACGAGUUUGUUGAAAAUAAGUCUGGAUUUGAGCAAGAUGAUAAAGAAGACGAUGAAGAUGAUGAUAAACCGGGUGAGGGUGAACCAAGGUGGUACAGUCCGCCGAAGAACAUGUGGAAAGCGACUGUCGAGGCGAUUCAUGAGUUCGACAUGAUUCGGGACAAGGACAGAGUGCUUGUUUGUCUUCCAGCCACCACAACAGGUGCCAGAGUAGCUGCGGGGGGUUACGGUCUAGCUUUGCUCCACGCGUUACACCAGUACCAAUUUUACGCGCGGUCUAAAAACAUUGAUUUUGAAAUUGGAGCUGUGACAAUUGACGCCAACAGCAGCUACAACUCUUCAGAAGAGUCUAUAAACUCCGUCAGCUACCUCAAGGCCUUGAAGGUUCCUUAUUUCUACGAGGAAGCUGAAGAACAAGCGUCCUUAAUCGACGCGGUUAAUAAUUCUUCCGUGGACUCGGGUAGUGAUAAAACAAUUCCCGGGCGGGUUUGCACUACUUGCGGGAAAGUGGGAGUCAGCAUGAGAAAAAGACUCUACUCUGUUGCUAAAAGGUACGGGUUCAACGUCCUGGCGCUGGGACACCACUUGGACGACCUUACUGAGGGAUUCCUCACGGCCUUUUUCUACAGCGGGAAACUCAAGACCAUGAAAGCGCAUUACUAUGUCAAGGAACAUGACUUGAGGGUUGUCAGGCCUUUUGUCUAUGUCAGGGAAAAGUCGCUUAAGCAGUUCACGGAGGAAAAAAAAUUGCCCAUGCUCAGGGUGGCUUGUCAGAACUGCGAUGAGAUCAAGGAGGUUGUUAGUGAGAAUAAUAAAGAGCUGAUGGUUCAACAGGAGAAGAAAUAUCCGAAGGUCUAUUGGUCGGUCAGAAACGCUCUCAGGCCUCUUAUUUUGGCUAAAGGGAACUUUGGCCAUGGCUACCAGAGGCACAAGCAUAAACUCAAGCUGAAGGUUAGUCCUUCUCAUCCCAACCCUCAUUCGAGUCCCGGGUUGCUUACUACCUAUCAGGAGUUAGGUAACAGCGACACUGAUGAACAAAUUUUUUAA